UUAAUUGCACUAAUAGAGCGCCCAAGGAGUCUCCACUUCAUUUUUUUCGGUAAGUAAAAUUAUAUUUAUGUAUUUUAGGUCACUGCCGCCUUUUUACUAGCUGAGUUAAUCAAAGUAGCUAGCUAACUAUCAUUUUAACAUGUAGCAUGUACUGUUUAGACAUGAAAUUUAGAUGUAAAAUACAGUACAAUAAUUAAUAGGGCAUAUGUCGAUGGGUAAAAGGGUAAAACCCAGUGCAUUUAACAUAAAAAUGGGUUGAAAUAUGACAAGGAGCUCUUGGAGGGACACUUCUGUGUUCCAUUCUUCCACCCGGUUCUCCCCAGCGGUCAGCCCGGUGCAUGUCUGACCAAUGCGGCGCCUAGCUAUGGCUUCCACCCCUGCCCCGACAGACGGGUCGGAACCGAAGGCUAAAGAGGCUGCAUCCCGCCUAUGCCCGGCGUCAUGUGGAGCUCUCUGACUCGGAGAGAGACCUGUCCGCAGAAAUACUGCAGCUCGGUGAGUUGGUUGAUAGUGCUUGAUGUUAGUCUCCAGAAGUCUGUAUGCCAGGGGCGGAUUUAGGACUGAAGAAUAUCCGGGGCUUAAGACACACGCGCGCGCACUCACUCACGAGCGCGCACACACACGUGACACGCACUAGUCAACAUCAUAUAUGUCUUGUACCACAUAAUUUCUAAUCUGAAGCUACAUAUUAAGCAUUUUCAGUGCAGAGUAUUGUUCCUGUUAGUGUUUAGUGUGAGAUGAUAGUAAAUAUUCCCUUUCUUUCUCCAUCAACUUUACCUGAUAAGCACUUUAGGCAAACCAGCAGCACAACAAAUAUUUUCAAAUAAGACUCACAAACCUGAGUCAACACCAGUCUCAUCAUAGCUGGGGUUCUGUUGCGGUACUUUUUGUCUAAAAAACGUUCUUAUGUCCAUCUUCACUCAUGCGUUUCAGGCAGAGAGUGUAGAAGAAGCCGGCUGCUGAAGGGCUUCUUCUUCAGUGGUGGAGGCUCAGGCAGGCUGUAUACAAACUACUGCCAGCUGCUCCCUCUCUGUUGGACUUUGGUACUGCAUGUUACUUCCGCGAUUCAGAUCUGGGGCUUUCCAUGAAACAUCCGGGGCUUCAGCCCAAGUAACCGGGCCUAACGCCACCCCUGCUGUAUGCCAUCAGAUAAACUCACUCUUUUUUUUCUGGUGCGGCUUAUAUUGGGGUGCGCUCGAGUCCGUAAAUUACGGUAAGUAUUUUAAACCCAUAUGCUUAAGUAGCUCUUUGUAUGAAGUUUUCCUCUAGGUGAUCCAGAGAGGCUUGACCUUUGGGUAAGCAACCAAAGAAGAGAGUGCUGGACUCCCAAUUCAUACUCCCGCUUGUGCAGUGAACACUUUGAGAGUCAUCACUUCACCACGGACUCCAGGGGGAGACUUUGCCUGAAGGACACAGCUGUACCUACAAUCUUCUCGUCCUUUAAGGUAAAAAAAUCUCUUCCAAGCAGGAAAGAACUGGUAAGUAGGAAUGACAAGGUAAGUUUUGAGAAGGUUGCAGAUGUAGAUGCAGGUGUAGACAGUGCCAUAAAAGUUGCUGUUGAUCUGAGCAAUAUAAUGAUGUGUGAAGACUCACCUCAAGAGGUCUUUGUUGCUCAAAAUGUAACACAUGAUGACAUUCCUCUGCAAGCAAUUGAGAUACUGCUCAUUUUGGUCACAGUGUUCAACACCAGAAUGACUCAGACUCUGGUCAGUUUAACGCUGUGCCAUUACAGCCAAACAGCAUCCUGAGUGACCAUUGCUAUCAAAUCACAGUCUCCCAAAACGCUUAAAAGUAGAGUUCUAUCAGCAAAUGAAAAGGUAAGCGUAGUUCAGAAAAAGCUUAGAUUGCAAUCCCGGAAGACAAGGAGACUGAAGGCAAGAAUUUCUUCUUUGAAAAGUGUCACCAAAAUUCUUCAGAAGAAACUUUUAAUAUCAACUGAAUGUGCCUCUCUUCUUGAUGGUUUGGAUGGUGUUCCAAAAGAGUUGUUUCAGAAAAUGAAUCAGAAGAAAAGAUCGCCUUUUUCUGAAAACUUGAAGCAAUUUGCAACUACACUGCAUUUUUACUCUCCUAAGUUUUAUGACUAUGCUAGAAAACACUCAGUCGGCUUUGCCUCAUCCGCAGACCAUUCGCAACUGGUACAGUAGUGUCUGCAGAUCCUGGUUUUACUCUUUCUUCAUUUACAGCUUUAAAAAGACAUGUUCUUGAGAAAAAGAAGGAAGGAAAAGAAACUGUUUGCUAAUUGAUGUUAGAUGAAAUUUAUAUUCAUAAGCAAACUGAGUUUGAUGGGAACCAGAUUCAUGGCUAUGUUGACAUUGGAGCUGGUGAGAUUGAAAAUGUUGUUGCAACACAAGCAUUGGUCAUCAUGGUUGUUGCCAUCAACGAGUCUUGGGAGCUCCCGAUUACCUACUUUCUUAUCAACAGCAUGAAUGGGAAAGAAAGAGCUAGCCUCAUUCAAGAGAGUCUGUGUAGGCUUCAUGACAUCAGAGUUAGGGCUGUAUCCUUGACAUGUGAUGGCCCCUCCCAAAACACGGCCAUGAUCAGGGAGCUUGGUGCCAAUCUGGACAUAAUGGACAUGAGAUCAUACUAUGUCCAUCCAGCAGAUCACACACAGAAAAUCCAUGUUCUUUUUCUAACUUCGUUCGGUGUUUCACUAUGGGAAUCGCCCUGGCGUGACCAACUACGGAAGCUCCAAUGACAUCACGUCUGUCCCUGACAGACUGGUUGCGCCGUGCCCAGGCUCCGCCCACCCAGUAUAUACACAGCCAACCAACCCCUCCUACUCAUUCUCGCUUUCUUCCCGUGAGAAACUACAAUUUGCUCCCUCAGCGAUUUUCAGACUAUCUUUGGUUAGUUGCUUAACUGUUCCCAGGCGUAACGUCAGGAUACGUCGCCGAACGCAGUACCAACACAGUCUGGAUUUGAGCUUAGUAAGUUCUUCUAGUCACUUGUCACACUUCACUAGGAACAGUCAACGCGUCACGGCGAACUGCUCCUACUGCUACUCGGUUGUCAUUGACGGAGUAGUAUUAGCGAGUGUGGCUCAAGCUAAUGCGUUGAGGCGAGCUUGUCCUGUGCUUAUUUAGCAUUUAUUUGCUAAUGAGCUACUUUGGUGCAGCUAACGUGUCACGACGAGUUGCCCUACAUAUGUAAUAUAGCUUUAGUUGCAGACUUACACCUGCUAACUAGCUUGCUAUGCUUUUUCAGACUAACGUGUCAUGAUGAGUCAGAUUGUCAGCUAUGGCUUCCAUCCCUGCCCCGACGGACGGGUCGGAACUGAAGGCUAAAGAGGCUGCAUCCCGCCUGUGCCCGGCGUCAUGUGGGGCUUCCAUUUCAGGCAGGGACCGUCAUCCUAUGUGCAUAGCUUGCAUGGGUGCUGCUCACGCCCAGGCAUUGCUGGCUAACCCGCAGACAUGCCCUCACUGCUCCUCCAUGCCGGAGAAGAUAAGGGAAAGGAGGCUAAGAGUGGCAGUGGCUAACGGCCGGGACCCAGGCCUUGGCUCGGGCACGCCUGUUGAUACAGGUGACAACCAUCAGCCACGAGCCUCCACUAACUGGGCAGAUAUGAUGGAAGAGGAGCCCCCGCUACCUCCUCUGUUCGAGGGGCUGGUGGACAGCGGGCUGCUCGAGGCGGGUGAUGACGAGGCUGGAGGUGAUGCAAACUCAGACCUCCUCGACUUGGACAUGGAAGAGGAGGAAGAGGAUUCCACCUUCCCAGUUCAACGCUCUAGGCCGUCUAGCAGCACUGGGGAGGCAUCACAGGGGGACGCCGAUCUGUACGAGGUUUGCAGACGAGCGGCGGCAAAGCUCAACAUUCAGUGGCCUGCAGCCCAAGGGGCAGAAGGGGUGGAACGAGACCUGUAUGAUGGUAAGAGGCUCCCAUUAUCCUCCGCUCCCCCCAAGCAGCUCUCCAACAGGGAGGGACACGCAUGGACGGAGACGUUUUGCCCUCAUGCUUCUCCGUCUCCUGGGGAGUGUUGCAAAACAAUUCCCGGCCAGGACAGCAGAGGGCGUAGAGCUGUUCUGUGGUAUCCUGUCAUGUAUCGGUCCAAGAUAGUGUGUUUAUAUUGUGUUUUUUCGUACAUAAGAGACUUUUUAACAGACAAAUUUGUCUCAUUUUCCUCCACCUCUUCAUGGGCUCGCCACCUCUAAACCCACGUUUCCUGUCAUUUCCGUCCACUAAUAAAACGCUUGCUGUGCAUCUUUUCACUCCUCCAGUCACGGGGAAAAAAAAACUUUCAUGUUUUUAGAGUUUUUUUGCGAGGUAUUCUUCAAGCGUCUCCGUGUCUGCAGCUAGUUAUCCUCGGCUCUUUGUUUUUGAGGGCGCAAUGGCGGCGGUGUAGACGACAGCGGCAUUCUGACCAAUCACAAGCUUGCGAGAAGCAUGAAUCAGGCUUAAGAUCAACCCUCCUAUAUUCAUGAAACCAAAGUCCAAUUGCCUUCUUUAAAAUUCCAUUUGAUGUCAUACUGAACAACAGUUGUAUUUGAUUCUAAUUUUAAUGAUUCUGUUUCAGGUGGAACUCCUGUGUGAUUCCUGUGUCCUGUUACCCAUGACCUGUUUCCGCCCGGGUCUGGAUGUGGCCUUGCUGAGUUCUCUGUAGCAAGGUUUUCUGGUGCUUGGGGCCGUUCCAGAGUGCACCUGAUCCUUGGAGGUCUAAAACUUCACAUCCCAGCACACGCACGGACACAUGCUUGUUGAUGUUUGUUGUUCAUGAUGUUUGUGGUUCAUGGUUUACAUGUUUAUAGUUGUUCAUCCCACGUUUUCUUGAUGAUUCUUGGAAAUGUUUCUUUACAGGUGCAGCAGCUAGUUGCUGUUUUUAUGUUGGUUUCCUAGUUGCUUUUAUUUUUCUCUUAUUUACUUGUUUAUCCUCUAUCAACCCUCUUUAUUCCAGAUUGGUUCAGCAUUUACAUGCUGAUGUGGCGAUGUAUAACCCAAACCAAUAUUACAAUAACAUUAAUUUUUAUUCAAGGGGAACCUCGUACACAUUAAGGCUCCUCUUGAUAGAGCAAAUCUGAUCAGCACAUUCUGACAGACAGACCACCAUUCAUCUGUCAUGUUGCUGUACAGGACAUUUCUAGAGUAUUUCUUUUUAAAGAUAAAUAGUAUUACAUUUAAAGAGCAAUACUUUCACAUUAUCAUUUUCUCACACUUUCUGUAUA